AAAUUUUACAACGCAAAAAAAGAAUUAAAGCUACGUACUUCUUUUGAGCCAAUACCAUAUUCCUAUCUCAAGAAUCAUAUCCUCCUCCAGUCUAAUGAUAAAAUUUUUACACUCUUUCUCACUAAUAAAGUUAUCUACUAAUUCUUGAAAUAGAAAAUGUUUAAUUGAGGAAAAAUCAAUGUUGAAAGAACCAUUAUAAUAUAUAAGAUUAAGCUAAGAAUGUUAAAACAAUUUACCAAAAACAAAAAAAUGAGUGAAGAAAAUUAUUGAACAAAAUUAUAAUCACUAAAACAAACAAUUAGAAAUAUGCAAAUAAAUAAGGGCUUGAUAUUGAAAGAAAUUCAACUUAUAUGUCACCAUCUCAACAAAAGUUAUAAUUAUUUGACUUAAAUGAAUUGGCAAUAUUUGUAUUAGGAAUUUUUAGUAUGGAAUCAGAACAAUAAGUAAGAAUUAAAAAAAUAAUUGGAUAAUGGAAAGAUUUUUGAAUAGCUUUCUUUAUGUAUAAGAAUUGAAUAAUUAUUCAAGACAGAUUCUUAAAGCCAAAUAUCGAUAGAUUAAAAAUGUUUUUUAAAUUAAUGA